AUGGAUCCUAGUCGAUAUGGUCGUCAGCAAGAGUGGGAUAAUAACAGUGCUCCGGAGGGGUAUGGUACUGAGCAUGAUCCAAACAAUCGGUUUGGCGCAUCAUAUAAUGAUGGAUAUCCCGAUGAAAGGUUGUUGCGGGAUGAUGUCUACAAUUAUCCACCUGGGAAUAAUACUGUGGGUGCUUUGCCUCAAUCUAGGAGGAGAGACUAUGAAGAAAGUUAUUCUCGUGAACCCCGUAGGCAAGAAAAGCCUUACCCUGAUACAAAUUGUGCUGAUGAUUAUUAUCACGAUGUUGAAGUUGGGAGUCGUGAUGGAUACUACCGUGAUCAUGGACACGAAAGGUCGUCACGAUAUGAUGGCCGCGAUGACUACGCUGGCAGUGAUUAUAACCAUAGGUCUAGAAAUCACCAUCAUAACAGAGAUGAUAGCCGUGAAAAAGAUAGUGGAUAUGGUCGCCGGAGUUAUGAUUCUGAUUAUGAUAGGGGCAGUGAGAGAGGUGGCAGUAGAAAAAGCCGGGAUUCGCAGGAUAGAGAAUGGGACUCACGUGAUAGAGAAUGGGACAAAAGAUGUUACAGCCGUGAAAGAGAUGUUAGUCCACGUAAGAGAUAUGAGAAAUCUCGAUCUCGAUCUGGCGGACGUGAUGGGUUCUCUAGAUCAAGAUCUCCUAGAGGUCGGAGCCAUGGGCGGGGUUACCGGGAGGACAGCUACGAGGGCGAUCACUGGCAUGAAAGCGAGAGGCAAAGAGAAUACGAAGAUAGACAUGACCAGGAUCAUUUUUCUGCUACCCCAUCCGCCACUGUUGUUGUGAAAGGUCUCUCGAUGAAAUCAACAGAAGAAGAUCUACACCAGAUUCUGGCUGAGUGGGGUCCUCUGCAUCAUGUUCGUGUGAUACGAGAGCAAAAUACUGGGAUUUCUCGUGGAUUUGCAUUUAUUGAUUUCCCCACGCUGGAUGCUGCGCGCACCAUGAUGGACAGAGUCGAGCGUGAUGGUAUAGUUCUGGAUGGAAGGAAGCUAAAUUUCCAUUACAGCAAACCUAUUGGUAGGGCUGGUGUGUCGCGUAGGCAGGAACAUGCCUCUAGGCGCAGUUAUGGUGGAAAUCGAAGUAUGAUGGUUCCAACAGAUUGGAUGUGUACAAUCUGUGGCUGUAUCAAUUUUGCGCGACGAACCUCCUGCUUUCAGUGUAAUGAACCCAAGACCAAGGAUUCCCCAUCAGCUGAUGCGGGUUUAUCAAGCUCAACACUAGGAAAACGAAGUUCCGAGACAGGUCCAACUCAUGUUUUAGUUGUACGUGGGUUGGAUGAAGAUGCUGAUGAGGGAAUGCUUCGUUAUGAAUUUUCCAAAUAUGCUCCUAUCAAGGAUCUUCGACUUGUGAGAGACAAAUUCACUCAUGUUUCACGAGGAUUUGCAUUUGUGCAUUUCUGUUCGGUUGAGGAUGCUACCAAGGCACUUGAAGCAACAAACGGAACAACUCUUGAAAAGAAUGGUAAAUAUCUUAGAGUUGCAUAUGCAAAGAGUGUUCAUGGUUCUGGAGCUGGUACUGCAGGAUCCUCUCAGUCUAGCAACCUCGCUGCUGCCGCAAUUGAAGCAGCAACAUUUUCUCAACAGUAUGACGCUACUGGAUGGGCUCCAAAGGAAUACACUCCUGAUGAGAAACAAACCACUGAAGGGCAGGCCCAGGGCGUAGGGGAAAUAGAAGCCCAGAAAGGGGCUUCUGCUCCACAAUCCGGCUAUGUGUGGGAUGAAGCAUCUGGUUAUUACUAUGAUGCUGCUUCUGGAUAUUACUACGAUGGAAAUUCAGGUCUUUAUUAUGACAGCAGUAGUGGGCUUUGGUACUCUUAUGACACUCAAACGCAACAGUAUGUUCCUUGUCUUGAACAGAACAAUGAGAGUAAACCAACUGAAAAACAAACAGAGUCUGCCAAGAUGGAGAAAUCCAGUCAACAAAAAGUUAUUAUCUCUGCCGCUGCUACCUCCAAUGUAGAAAAGUCUCUCUCCUUACCAGAUGCGGUUCAGGCGGCCGCAGCAGCAGCAAUUGCAUCAGAGAAGAGAGAAAAAGAGAGAGUGAAGGAGAUAAAACUUGCGUCUAAGAGUAGCAUACUGGCUAACAAGAAGAAAAUGAGCAACGUUUUAACAAUGUGGAAGCAGCGGAGCCAUGAAACACCUACACAACGUCCCUCACUUGGUGACAAGCCACCUACGGUAUCAGCUGAAGCAAGGUCGGCUUUCUCUGCUGGACAAUCUAAAGGCAAGCCGGAAUCUGAUGCAGUGAUUGCAAAGGAGAGAACUACCUUCAAUCAUGAAGUUUCUGCACUGACAGCAACUACAGAAAGCUCGAGUAGCAGUACAACAGGAGGACCUUUGAUGGGGGUGAUGAGAGGUUCUUUUGGAAACAAUUUGGGAGGAUCUUCUUCUUCUUCAUCAGCUAAUGUACAAGUGACUCCAGUUUUGCCUUCUGCUCCUUCACCUUCAGUUCCAGUUUCGGUUUCUGGGAGUGGGAGAAGAAGAUUCUCUGAAAGGCCGAGUGCAGUGCCUAGUCACAGAGAACAACCUCAGCCUUCAUACCGGGAUCGUGCUGCAGAAAGAAGAAACUUAUACGGAUCAUCAAGCUCGAGUGGAAAUGAUGUUCUUAUGGAUUCAAAUGAGGAUACAAUGGGGCUGACCAAAGGUUCAUUGGACCCAACACCUUUUCCUCCUGGUGUGGGUGGACGCGGGAUUACGACAACCGAAGUCGGUAGUUUCGAUGUAAUCACAGAAGAGAGAGCGAUAGACGAGAGUAACGUGGGAAACAGAAUGCUCAGGAACAUGGGGUGGCACGAAGGAUCGGGUUUGGGGAAAGACGGGAGCGGAAUGAAAGAACCAGUGCAAGCACAAGGCUUCGAGAGGAGAGCAGGACUUGGGAGUCACCAGAAGAAACUUGAUGCUGAGUUUGAGGCUAAGCCUGGUGACACUUACAGAACUAUCCUCCAUAAGAAAGCACUUGCCAGGUUUCGUGACAUGUCUGACAAUAAUUGA